GAGUUAAGAGAGAAAGGGAUUCAACAGGUAACUAAAAAAAAUACUUUGCAAAGUGGAGUUUCAACAGUUUAAAAAAUAGAAGAAAUUUGAGUAUUCAAUUUAACAUACUACUUUUUUUCAAUUAUGUCAAUUAGAAGAAGAACGACAAUUAACAUGGGGAUGGGGAUUCGUUGGUGGCCCCAUCACCACAGAAGAAGACCCUGAGGGUCAGAGCGAUUUUAAUAGUGGUUAUCAUUCCGCUGAAACUGAGAUCAUUUCAGAUUCAGAAGAUGAUCUAUUCUUUUUAGAUGGUGAGUUAGCAGCCACUUAUCAUUGUAAAUAAAUUAUAAAGUUCAGGAUCAAGGCAAUUACAUUUACAGAAGUGUUACCCAGUGGCCGGGAUAAUGAAGAGAGAGGAGAGGAAGUGGACGAGGAGGAAGAGGGAGAGAUUGAAUACUGGAGCGAAGAGGAGUUGGGAGAAGAAUGGGAGCAGUGGGAAUUUGUAGAGGAAGAUGAUGUGGAGGAGGACCAAGAGUACGAGGAAGAUGAAGAGGAGGAGGAAGACGAAGAGAAUGAUAAUGAGGAGGAGAGGGAGGAAGAAGAAGGCAAGGAGGAGGAGAAGGGAGAGGAGAAUGUGCCAGUGUUCCCAUUGACCCGUGCGUUGUCUGUUUUACCAGACCACGCAAUGCAAGCUUCAUUCAUGGCGACACAGGACACCAAGUUUGUUGUUUUGAAUGCGCUUUAAGGUUGAAAAAUGAAAAAGAGAGAUGUCCUGUGUGCCGGAAAAAAAUCCAACUUGUCAUUAAAUUUUUUUUUAGUGACAGUUAAUCGUAAGGUAAUUAGUAUAUGUAAUUAGUAUAAUUACUCAGGUGAUUAUGGAAAUGAACAGAAGUAAAAAGUAAGUAAAGUAGAAGUAAAAAAUAAAAAGAAAGAAAAUACAGUUGCUCUGACAAUCCCCGAGCAAGUAUAUUUAAAAAAAUAUUAUUAUUCUCCUCUGGCUCAGUAAAUAUUGUGGAAUUAUUGAUCAGUCCGAUAUUAUGUGUCGUCGUUCUAAAGAAUAUCCAACCCCCCCCUUGAAUUUCCAAUUAAGCUUCAUACACAAUGUCGGGUUAUCACCUAAAUUUUUCUGUUACACACAUACUGCUUCAAUUAAUUGUAAUUAAUUAAUUGUGUAUGUAUAUAAAUGAUUUUAUGUUUUUAAUGGUGCCUACCUGAGCAGUAUAUUUUGAAUUUUUUCCUCCUUUCUGUGAUCCACGAUGGAAUGCCUGGGCUUGCCAGUAGUUCUUUUGUGGUUAUACUAAUGCUGAAAAAAGAGAGUAAUAUUAAAUUUAUUUAUUUUUAUACCACAAAGUUUCACUUAAAAGCUUCCUGCUUAUAUAAUUACAUUAACUUUCAGGCCUAUUAAUUUAUCUGCUAAUAGUAAAUAGUAGAUGCAUUGUGAAAUUAUUAUUUGAUAUCAUCAUCAUUACUUUCAUCCAGGAAGACAUUUGUUAAGAGUUAAAUUUUUGUUGACGUACUGUGAAUGUAGAGGGUGAUUUCUUCAUCAUAGAACAUUUCAAGAAAUAGCUUUCCCCACUCCUGCACAUAUGUUUUAAAGCGCCGAGGCUCAAGGUAAUCUGGAUCAUUAUCUUGAACCUGUAACGCCCGCAUCAAAGUCUGAAAACCCUACAGCAAGAAGCAAAUGCAGAUAACAAUUAAGCAUCAUUAUUUUUAUUUCAGACGCUCUCACAAAGAUUCUUUGCUGAUAGCGUAAAAGGAAUAAACAGCGACAGGUGAAUAUAUUACUGAGCAAUUACCAAGGAAAUUUCGCAAUGAUACGUACCUCGAUUGGUUUAAAUUCUGCUGGUAAAAUCUCUGCAGCAUUUCGGAGGUAGUAUCCGAUUGUUUUUCUCUUCAAAGACCGCGCAGCCCUGUCCACGCCCAAUAGCUUUUGCGGCUGAUGUUAAAUUUCACGGUGUUCGUUACAGGGUUAACUACAAGGCGACUUUGGGCAACUUCGUGUCUUAGAAGCUGAAGUUCCUGGCGAAGCUGGAAAACUUCAGCUGUUCUCUCUGCCAAUUCCGCCGCCUGGUCAUUAUUGAUCUUAACAUCUUCCAUUUUUUCAGCUCGUAACUGCUCAUUCUGAGCGCGCAGAUGGCGAAUACGCUGGUCGUACGCCUCAAGGAGUGGCAAAGAGAUAGUAGACUGCUCUACCUCAAAAUGCCUCAGUCCGCGUCUUUAGAGGGCGUUUGGCGCCUUCUCUAUCUUAAACAUGGAAAACAUUUUCAAGAAAACUAUUUUUUCGACGAUCUCUUCUGAUGACACGAGCGAAAUGAUUGUUGUUAAGUGACAAUAGCGAAAUGAUCGUUGUCCAGUGCACGCGUCUCUAUAACCAUUUACUCCAUUGCAUGACAACAAGAUAACAAUGGUGUCAACUGAGCGCGAAUUUCAAAGACGCUCAGCUGCGCUCAAAACAUGUUAUAGGCCGGUAACUUAACUUUUGACGAUUAAGAGACAAAGACGAGAAAACAAUACACAACUGACCACGAAAGCGUUGCAAGUUAUGAAUACUCUAAUGGAACUAAUGCACUGAAAGUGUUUCGUAACUAAAUUCCCCAUGAACUUUGUUACAAUUUCUUAGAUUGACUACUUAUAAUCUGCAAUAUGUCUGCGAAGAGUUAAAAUCGAUUAGUUUGAAUUGGGGAAGUAACAGUAGUAAUAGCGCAACAAUUGUGUUUUUAAAUAACACGAAAGACGCUUUUGUUUACUUAUACUUUUAAGACAUUCAAUAAUUUUAUCAUGACAAUUUAACCCUCCCAACAGCUUACUGAUAUUUCGAACAUAAUUGAUAGCAGCGGCAGUUCUUCGCUGUAGGUAAGCUACUUUCCCCGCAGGGGAUUCGGCUUAUCAGCUGGCCUAUUGCAAAGCAUUAAAAAGACCAGAAAAUAGGCUUAUUACUUCGCUUCACUUUUGAGUUUCUUUUCCGAUGACUGGGUUUUGCUUGUAGUUGUUUUGCGCCUUUCCAUUUGUAUUUAAAAGUACAAACCCUAGCCCUUUUAGCGUGCUCCUGAACGUUGACAUUCGCCGGUUUACGUGAAGAAAAGAAAUAACUUCUGCAGCCCGCGCUUCAUGUUACAAAGUUUCCCUUCCGAACCCCCGGUAAAAUUGUCUUUGUUCUGAGCGACAUUUCCCUUACCCUACCCCGAGAAUUGUGAUAUUAUCAACAUCUGGUAGUCAACGAAUAUUUUGAAUCUCGCGCUCGGAAAUUAGCUUAGCGUCGGUUCUUUCAAACCUUUGUUCCAGAAACAAUAGAGCCUCUAAGCUGCAAACAAUUAAAAUGCCUCUGAAAGGAAGGUAAUCCAGUGCCAUUUUCUACCCAAAAUUAAACACAAAGUUUGAUAUGGGUAAAGGAUAUUGAAUGUUCGUAAAGGAUAAGGAUCAAUAUGGAUGUAAUUAACCACUUUCUAUUUGGAGAAAUACUCAAAGAAAUGAAAUGAUUAUAGCUCAUCCAUCUUCCGUAGAAUUACCGUGGUAUUUUGACCAAUUUCGCUUAUAAAACUUUACGCCUCUUUAAUAUUCUUUGCGCAUCUUUACUCACUGUUCUUUACCAACCUUUAACAUUCUUAAACAUUCUUUACGCACAACCAAUCUUUACGUGCCGUUAAUUCUCUUUACAAAUCUUUAGCGUUCUUCAACGACCCUUAACUUUCCAUUCGCACAAUCAGUCUCUUCGUGCUUUUAAUUCUCUUUCCGCAUCUGUAUUCUGUCUUUUAUACCGGUUCUAAAUUUUCUGUUCGCAUAAACUGGUAAUAAAAGCCACAGCAAGAGAUUCUUAAACGCUGCUCUUACAUUUACCAUCAAGUCUACUUGAUAUCUUCCUAAUUGCCUGAUGAAUGUGGCGAGCUGUUCGCUGCUUUGUUUUUUCGAACUUUUUUUUGGUUGUCUUACUGUUAGCUCUCAGUGUAUUUCCAUUGCCAAAUGCCAUUUAUAGCUAGCCUACUUUUGUUUCCUGUUUUCUUUUUGUAUGUUUAUAUGUAACCUCUCUCUCCACAGAAAUCAACGCGACUUUCAAGACGGUUUGCCCUUGAUUACUUUGAAUAAUUGUGCCCAGCCUAGUUUUUCCGCGGGAAAUGAAACCAAGAAUGACAGGCUCCAAAGUAAACCGUCUGUCCAGCAAGAGGGUGUAUAUACCGCACUAUGUCCUCAGUCAAUGAUGGUAAUUAUACAUAAAAUGUAACGAAAUUAUCCAAUGUGAUCCAAAUGCGAUUUUUGAAAAACAAAAAAUUGAAUUAAAAUUUCCUAAUCAGUAAAACUGUGUUUCGCAGACGCCUGAAGAGGAUGGUUCACGAACGUACGCGUCGCUUGAUGAAUCUACAAGAGAAGCCAAAGACAUUGAAUGUGAGAAUUUAAUACCAGCUCAUGGGUAUGUUAAUACUUUACCAUCAGAAAACAUGUCAAAAGCUAUGGUGGAUUGUUUGUUAGAAAUUUAGCGUUAACCCAGGAUUAGAAAGCUGAAGUAAACCAAGUGUUCAGAGUACUUAGAUUUUGGGAGGAGUUCAUUUCAUAGGUGGCAAUCGAGUCUACAGUUUUUUCCUCCCUGUUAAACAAUCUACGUACAGUUGAAAUUCCCGAUGAAAUAAUUUCUUAAAUUAAUUAACAGCUAACCUCUUUUCUUUUGUUUGUUUGUUUGUUUAUUUAUUUAUUUAGGCUCCGUAAACCGUUUGUCCAACGGGAGGGUAUAUAUACAGCACUGAGUCCAGAGCCAUUGAUGGUAAUGAAUUUAAAUUACUUAAUAUGAUCCCCAAAAGAUUUUUCAAUACAAGAUUACAAAAAAAUGGAAUGAAAAAAUUGCGAUACGUCUAAGUGUUUUCAAACUACUCAGCUAUAUCUAUCUAUCUAUCUAUCUAUCUAUCUAUCUAUCUAUCUAUCUAUCUAUCUAUCUAUUCCUCUAUAUAUCUAUUUAAACAUCGCAAUUUCUCAUGUGAAAAAUCACAUUAUUGCCAGUUAGAAGGAUUUCAUUUGGAAAUAGGCAUUACGUUUCAGAACCACUUGUCUAAACUUUUAGCCGUAUCUAUGUCAAAGAUCGGAGUUUAUAUCAUCAGAAGAUGUAGUAAAUUAAUUGCUUGAUGGUAAGCACAAUAUGUCACAAAGACCUGAAUAGAAAUUUCAAUUAACUACAUACAUGUUUUACACGAUCAGGAGAAAAUGAUAUUUACUCUUGACAUGAUCUUAUUAUCGCUGGGUUGCGUUUAUGGUGUCGUUCAAUUUUGUUUCUUGACAAUGGAGAGUUUAGUCAAGCAAACAGCAAUUUUCAAAGAAAUUGAGAGCACAGUUGGAGUCGAUAAACCUUGUCUGUAAAGUAGAUAAAACCAUCAGUUUUCUCACAAAUAAAACUGGAUAUUUGCAGGCUCCAGAAGGUGAGGGUUCUCGAACUUACACAUCCACAGUGGAAGACGGCGACGUUGAAUAUGUGAAUCAAAUACCUAAUCCUGAAUAUAUGAACCAGAUACCUACUCCUGAGUAUGUUAAUGCUUGAGUGAGGUGUUCGCGAGACGGCUGACGCUAAUUUAGGAUUAUAAAGCUGAAGUAAACGACGUAAUGUUAGUACUUGUCCCAGCAAGACCACAUAAGAAAAACACGAAUUUCCGUUGGGUUAAUUUAAUCGUGGUUUGAGAAACCCACAGUAAAUGGACUCUAAAUUAUGCCAA